AUGGACUUGGCAGGCGUGCUGCUGGCGUUGCUCCUCGUGCUGGUGCUGGUUGUCUCCCUGCUCUCCAACCUCCUGGUGCUGCUAUGCUUCAUCUACAGUACGGAGAUCCGCAAGCAGGUCGCCGGGGUUUUCCUGGUGAACUUAUCCUUUUGCAACCUGCUCCUCACCGUCCUGAACAUGCCUUUUACCCUGCUGGGGAUCCUGAGGAACCAGCAACCCCUCGGGGGCUGCGUCUGCAAAGCGGUGGGUUUCCUGGAAACUUUCCUGGCUUCCAACACGAUGCUGAGCAUGGCAGCGCUCAGCAUCGACAAAUGGAUUGCCGUGGUGUUCCCCUUAAGCUACACCAGCAAGAUGCGGUAUAAGGACGCUGUGAUACUGAUGGGCUACUCGUGGCUCCACUCCCUCACGUUCCCCUUGGUAUCCUUGUUUUACUCGUGGGUAGAUUACAGCAGCGUUUAUGCCUCUUGCACCUUGCACCUGAAGGAAGAGACGGAGCGGAGAAGGUUUACAGUCUUCACCAUCGUCUUUCACUCCACCAGUUUCAUGCUGUCGCUGGUGAUCUUGUGUUUCACCUAUUUAAAGGUGUUGAAAGUUGCCCGGUUCCACUGCAAGCGGAUAGACAUUAUUACCAUGCAGACUCUGGUCUUGCUGGUGGAUAUCCACCCCAGUGUGAAGCAGCGCUGUCUUAACGAGCAGAAACGGAGGAGGCAGCGGGCUACCAAGAAAAUCAGUAUUUUUAUAGGGUCGUUUGUGAUCUGUUUUGGUCCUUACAUUAUCACCAGGUUGAUAGAGCUCCUUCCUUUUGUUACCAUAAAUUACUACUGGGGAAUUAUAAGCAAGUGCCUCACCUACAGUAAGGCUGCAUCAGAUCCAUUUGUUUACUCACUUUUACGUCAACAGUACAAAAAAGUUCUGAUCAACAUCGUCAAUAGGAUACUUAAGAGGGACCUGUAUCCGUCAUCGGGGUACAACAGCUCUCUGGACACCGAAAACGACUACUGCUUGCACAGAACAAACUAA